AUGGCGACCACCAGGUUACCCUGCAUUCCUUCUGUUCGAAAGCAGCAGCUUCAUCUCGAAUUCGCAAGCUUGCGGCAUGCCGCACCCCCCGGGGUCUAUGUGAGCCUUGCGCUUGGGGAUCCGAGUCUAUGGAAUGGAGUCAUCUUUGUCCGCUCCGGUCCUUACGCCUCCGCCGUCCUGCGCUUCCAAGUCCGCUUCCCAGACAUCUACCCCGAUCUCCCACCUCUAGUCACCUUUGGAACCGACGUCUUCCACCCAUUGAUUGUUCCGCUUACCACAUACACCUUCAGCACGAGCUCGGCAAGCGACAAUCCGGUCAGCGCGACCGACGAGGAGCGACUUCCGCCCGGCGGAUUCAGCCUCCGCCAUGGCUUUCCACAUUGGUUUGGCAGGGCCAAGCGGAGUGGCCUGACAUCCGGCAAAUCAUCUCGAAACGUGAGCGGAAACAGUGCUGGCGCCGCCCCUGGCGGAGGAAUAGCAUCGGCUGGUGCCGGGGCGGAAGGCAAUGUGGCUUCAGAUGGGUUGGCCUCUGUUGCAACCCAGUGUGGGCAGGGUCCAGAGGGCGGCGAGGAGAAGCUGCGUAUCUCCCAAUUACCUUUGGCGGAGCAAUUUGCAGAGCCGAGGAAGGUUGUGCCAGUCGCCGAGUUGUUGGAUUAUAUUCGCUCGACAUUCGACGACGAAGAGGUUCUAGAUUCCCUACCAGUCGAAGCCGCAGGGAAUCCUGGAGCGUGGCACGCAUGGAAAGCACACCGUCGGGGAGGUAAUGGCAUUAGCGAUUUGAAACGGGGAAGCCCGCAGGCGCGGCUCCCUGGGGAUUGGCACUGGGAUGGCAUCUGGGCUCGGCGGGUUCAGGACGAGAUCGAAGCGAGUCGCUCCGAUCCAAUGUUGUUUGGAAGCGCUGCGCGUGGAGGUGUUGAUGAAAUGAUUAAGUUUUCGCGACUGGACGACGCGACCAUGAGCUCGGUGAAGGAGAUGAUGGCAAGAGUGGCGAAAGUACAUAAAGAGUGA